AUGAGACGAGUAUACCUGCAGGUUCUGCUGUUCGAGUCUACGCCGGCAGGUCCCAGAGGAGCCUUCGUGGCUGCCUCCGUGAGUCUGGCCACGUGUCUCUCUCCCGUGUUCGUCGCGUCAGUCAGCGCUGUGUUUGCGACGUGGCGGAUGCUGCACGUCGUGCUGCUUGUACCGGCGCUGUUGCUAGCGUGCCUGGUUUUCACGAUCGAGGAGUCGCCCCAUUGGUGUCUCUACAACAACAAGUUCGACGAUGCCGAGCGCGUUGCUUUGUGGGCGGCUCGGCUCAACCUCGAGGACCCGGACCUUGUCCGUGACCGACUGGAGCGGAUACGUAAGGAGGCCGAGUUCCUGGGAGAGGAGGCUGUGUUGCGGUACCCGAGGCUCUUGCGGUACAUCGCGUCGGCGCCAGUGCGGUCCCGGUGCUUCGCCUUGUUCGGGUGCUGGUGCUUCGUGUACAUCGCCUUCUACGCGAGGGACUACUGGAAGCUCGGUCCGUGGAUCCAGACAGCCCAGUGGUUCGUGGUGACCGUCAAUUUCCCGGCCAUGGCGGCUGCGUACGCCUUGACGCGACGGCAUGGUGGCUUGCACUGCGCCGUUCCCCUGCUGGCCACAUGCUCGAUGAUGUCGGCGUUGCAGUCGGCCCUGGUGGCCGUAGGCGGCCAGUCAUCCUUGCUUCUCGUCUACUGCAGUUCCGUGAUCAUCCUGAACGUCACCUACGUCACCCUUGUAGUGCACACCGUCGACGCCUUCCCUACACCGGCGCGGAGCCUGGGCUAUUCCGGUGCAUUCCUGUUCGGCCGCAUGGGAGCCAUGAUGGGCACAAUGUUCCGCGAGUUCGAAUCCAUGCCCCUGCCUGUCAACGUGCUGCCAACGGCGGUGACGUCGCUUGGUCUUGUGGCCUUCGCGGCGUCCUUAUUGCUGGUGCCGCCCUCUACGAAGGGUUUAUUCGCGGCAGACGGCUCAGCGUUUCUUCGGGACAAGCCGGGCGAAGUGGUGCUCCCUGUUGAAAGCCCGACGUUGUCGUGGAAGGUGCACAAGAGGAUGUCCCCGCUGCAGUCACCAUCUUGCGAGCGUGAAUGAAUGCGACCAGUUACCUCGCCUCUGGCAUCUUGGUAACGCCAAGGAACUUGUUUGAGAACUUGCGUGAGCGUUGACUCGGUUGCCGAUAUAGCUGCUACAAGUGACGAUAACAUUGAUCAUUUAUACUACGUUGCACUUAAUGCGCCAAGACGUCGUUUUGUUUCGAGAUGAAUUUUGCGGCGUUCCUUCGACGCACUUUUACGAUUCUUUUUUGAUAAAAUGAUCUUAGCAAGUUUGAA